AUGCGUUUUAGAUUUAAUAACCUUUUCUACCUGUUGCUAGGUACAUUCCAGGUUACUACUAUUGCUGGGAUAAGUACUGAUCAAGAGAGAGAAAAUCAGAUAGUUAAUUUGGAAAAAGCAGAAAAAAAGGACAGACCAAGUUUUGUACCUUUAUCUGAUUUUAACUGUUCCUCAAAUAUAUUUAAUAGCUCGGUAAUUUUUUUGAAAUCUACUGACAAAGACAUUGUUUCAACAUUUGAAAUUGAAAAUGAAAAGGCUAGAUUGGAUAACAGGUUAAACCAAGAAAUUGAAAAUGAUCUAUCAAACAAAAUCAUAAAGAGAAAUUUUAACCCUAAUGAUAUCGAUACGAAUGGAAUAUAUUCUAUUAUUGCUACAGAAUGGACUGGAAAGACACCAACUCUGUAUUCAACAGGAUACCAAGUAACGGAAUUUGUUGGUUCUACUAGUAUUAUUACUUUGUAUUACUUGUCUGUUCCUGUAAGAACAACUACAACAUUUCUGUAUGUUCCAACUGAUAUUGCAACUACUACUACAACAGUUAAAACAGAAACAAGCGAUUUCGGAUUGUUCCAAUAUACUUCAUACACUGUUAUACUGUUUCAUAUAUUUGUACCAUUAAAGCAUACAACAUCAACUGUUUUACAGCCCGUAACAGAUAACUUACAGAAUCCCUUUACAUCUACAAAGUAUUCGUUAACUACUGGCAAUGACGGAAUAAGAACUUCUUUCACAAUAUAUUUUAUCGUGUAUUCAUCGACUGAUGUAACUACAUGGGCAACAAUUGAUUGGACGGGUACUUAUGCAAAAUCUUUUUCUAUUACAACCAGCACCAUGGGGACAAAUGGGGUAUUUACAGUUUUCACAACAUAUCUCGUUUAUACAACUAAACCUCCUGGUAUAUAUGUCACAACAAAUUGGACCGGAAAAUAUACCUCUGUGUAUUUUACAAGUGUUUCUUAUAGCACAUCAGCGCAGCUUUUUGGAAGCACAAUUUAUACUUCAACUUAUUACUUCGUAGCAAUUCCUCAGUACCAUUCUUCAGCGACAAGAAUAACAUUUGAUGGAAAGGUCUCCAAAACGCAAACAUAUUCAACCUGGGUUAAUGUUUUUACAGAUGAUUUAAAUAAUGUGACAACCGAAACCAUUUACUAUGUCUUAACACCGCCAAGAAUAUUUUCAACAAUUGUGAAGCAGACAAGUAAUUUUAGUUCUGACAGCUCUUAUACUUAUUCGACCUAUAUUACCAAAUCUCUGGGGCCAGAUAACGAAGAAACAACAAGAACAACAUAUUAUGUUGCUGUUCCAACGAAUUUUCUUUAUACCACUACUACUGAAGGUUGGACGGGUUACUUUGAGACAACAUAUUCAACUAAACUUACUGUAACUAUUGGAAGUGAUGGUACUAGCACAACUGGUACUAUUUAUUUUGUACAUACAAGUCGUGACCCUGGCACAACUAUUACAGUACCAUGGAAUGAUAGUUAUACGACAUUCUAUUCUACUAGCGUUUCUUAUAGUACAUCAAGUCGUGGCAUUGGUGGGAACCUAACAUUUACGACCACUUUUUACUAUGUUCAUAUUCCGUCAUACUUUGGCGCAACCACAAUAAUUAGGCCUGGCGAAUACACUUUCAUCACAACAUACUCUGUGAGUAGAACUUCAUACACAGACAUACAAGGUAACGUAACAACUAAGACAGUUUACUAUGUUUAUACUCCAGCUCACCAAAUUACUACAACGACUUCAAUAAGAGGGAUUGUCCAGGGUACAGAAGAACAAAUAUACCUUACUAAAACAACUACUUAUACAGAUGAAGAGGGCUUUGGAGUUACUGAAACAAUAUAUUUCGUUGGAAUACCCGAUCAAUUAUUCUUUACAACUACCACUGGUCCUUGGACUGGUUCAUAUACAAUUACUUAUUCUAUGGAUUUAACUAACGUAUUAGGGACAAAUGGGAUAAGUACUACAAAGACAAUAUUUUAUGUUGAAACACCAAUGCCUUGGGGUUAUUAUACGACAACGGGGUGGACAGGAACGUUCACAACAUAUCGACAAAGUGGUAGAACAUUACGCUUUGGAAUUUGGCUAAACUUGUUUGGUUUAUGGCUUUUUCCAAUAUACUAUGUUUCGACACCAAUUAGAAAUGCUGAGUAUACCAGUUAUACAAGUGCUUGGGAACUGUCAUAUACUUCAACAGAUAUUUACACUCAAAUAGUUUACAAUGAUAACGAUGAAGAGGUUACAGAAACUGUAUACUUCCUUUACACCCCUGCUAAGAAAAUUAAGACCACAGUUUUCAUCCAAGAUACUACUGGUGGUAAGCUAGUUACCACUCUAAGUACUGAGACCAAAAAGGUAGGGGAUGACUUUAAUUAUACAUGGCAAGAAAUAUAUUAUGUUUUAGUACCAACGGAUUCCUCACGUUUGACUUCAUUUGUGCCAUGGACAGGAAGUUAUGUCACAACCAGCUCAAUAUACACCUCAGUGACAACGGGUACAGAUGGCAUUCCUUCUUCCUAUCAAAUUUUUGUAAUCGAGACGCCAACUAAUAACUAUAUUAGAAAAUACACAGGUUGGAGUGGCACUUUCACAUCAACUAUUGCAACAUCGAUGCUAACUACUUUCAAAUUAAAUUAUAAUUUCCUUGCCUCAUGGACAUAUACUGUUUACCUCAUAGAAACACCAUUUCGUAGAAGCACAGAGUCAAAAUACAGCUACUGGACAGGGUCAAUCUCUACUACUCUUUGGACAAGCAUAACAACCUAUACAGACUACAAUGGAGAAGAAACUACACAAACAUUGUAUAUGGUUUUAACACCCACCAGAAAUAGAUACAGUACGGUUUAUUUCCCACUCUCAGGUACUAUUAGUGAGACAACUCUUUCAACGAUAGUACAAAAAUUUACAGGUACUGAUGGAUAUGAAACAACAGCAUCAAUAUAUUAUGUUGCUGUAAAUACAAAAUCAGGUGUCACGACUGUAUUUAGAAAAUGGACAGGAUCAUAUAUCCAUGCUUACUCUACCUCGACUUCUUCUGGCUUAUUGGGAACCGUAACAUAUUAUUAUCUCGAAACACCAUCGGAUAAUAGGGUCACUUCAUACAUAAAUUGGGCAGGAUCAAUCACAUCUACAUUUUUGACUACUGUCAUAACAAGUAUUGGAUAUUCAAGUACAUUUUUUGGUAACUGGGAACUAACUGUUUUUCUAGUUGAAGUACCUACAGCAAAUAUUUUAUCAACAGAGAAAAAGCCUUGGAAGGAACCAUUUUCAAAUACUUACUCCACCUUAAUUACCACCUCCGAGGGAACUGAUGGAAUAUAUACAACGGAAACCAUUUACUUUGUAUUUACACCUUAUCGUGUUAUGUCAAUUACCACUACUACCGGAUGGAACAAAAAAUAUACAGGUACAAUGACGACAACUACUAUGGUAUUUACUGGCACUGAUAAUGAAGAAACUACAAAUAUUAUCUAUAUUAUAGGGACACCUUACCAUAUGACCACUAAAACAAUAAAGUCGGGAUGGUCAUCAAACUUGACGAUUACUGCUUCAACUUCCUUCACGAAAUAUGUAAACAGUGAGGGAAAUGAAGUUACUGAAACAAUAUAUUUUGUAAAUACACCUUUCUACUACAGCACAAUUACAUCUUACAUCACCGAUGUAAGUAUACAAACUACUUCUACUUAUUCUACACUAAUAACAAUAAACACAGACAACGAAGGAAAUGAAACUACAACUACAAUAUAUUUGGUUCAUUUACCUACUGCAACAUCUACAAGCAAUAUAUCAAAAUCUGAAACUACAAAAACAAACACAAUAUCCAUCACAAGUAACGAAGAGGAAUUGACUACUGCUACUUACACUUCCACCGACUCUGAAGGUAAUGUCACCACUGGUGUUACUACUUACCCAGUUGAGCACACUUCUGAUGAAGAGGAAUUAACUACUGCAACUUUCACUUCCACCGACUCUGAAGGUAAUGUCACCACUGGUGUUACUACUUACCCAGUUCAUAACGCUUCCGAUGAAGAGGAAUUGACUACUGCUACUUACACUUCCACCGACUCUGAAGGUAAUGUCACCACUGGUGUUACUACUUACCCAGUUGAGCACACUUCUGAUGAAGAGGAAUUAACUACUGCAACUUUCACUUCCACCGACUCUGAAGGUAAUGUCACCACUGGUGUUACUACUUACCCAGUUCAUAACGCUUCCGAUGAAGAGGAACUAACUACUGCUACUUACACUUCCACCGACUCUGAAGGUAAUGUCACCACUGGUGUUACUACUUACCCAGUUCAUAACGCUUCUGAUGAAGAGGAAUUGACUACUGCAACUUACACUUCCACCGACUCUGAAGGUAAUGUCACCACUGGUGUUACUACUUACCCAGUUCAUAACACUUCCGAUGAAGAGGAAUUGACUACUGCUACUUACACUUCCACCGACUCUGAAGGUAAUGUCACCACUGGUGUUACUACUUACCCAGUUGAGCACACUUCCGAUGAAGAGGAACUAACUACUGCUACUUACACUUCCACCGACUCUGAAGGUAAUGUCACCACUGGUGUUACUACUUACCCAGUUGAGCACACUUCAGAUGAAGAGGAACUAACUACUGCUACUUACACUUCCACCGACUCUGAAGGUAAUGUCACCACUGGUGUUACUACUUACCCAGUUCAGCACACUUCCGAUGAAGAGGAAUUAACUACUGCUACUUACACUUCCACCGACUCUGAAGGUAAUGUCACCACUGGUGUUACUACUUACCCAGUUGAGCACACUUCCGAUGAAGAGGAACUAACUACUGCAACUUACACUUCCACCGACUCUGAAGGUAAUGUCACCACUGGUGUUACUACUUACCCAGUUGAGCACACUUCUGAUGAAGAGGAAUUGACUACUGCUACUUACACUUCCACCGACUCUGAAGGUAAUGUCACCACUGGUGUUACUACUUACCCAGUUGAGCACACUUCUGAUGAAGAGGAAUUGACUACUGCUACUUACACUUCCACCGACUCUGAAGGUAAUGUCACCACUGGUGUUACUACUUACCCAGUUGAGCACACUUCCGAUGAAGAGGAAUUGACUACUGCUACUUACACUUCCACCGACUCUGAAGGUAAUGUCACCACUGGUGUUACUACUUACCCAGUUGAGCACACUUCCGAUGAAGAGGAAUUGACUACUGCUACUUACACUUCCACCGACUCUGAAGGUAAUGUCACCACUGGUGUUACUACUUACCCAGUUCAUAACGCUUCCGAUGAAGAGGAAUUGACUACUGCUACUUACACUUCCACCGACUCUGAAGGUAAUGUCACCACUGGUGUUACUACUUACCCAGUUCAUAACACUUCCGAUGAAGAGGAAUUGAGUACUGCUACUUACACUUCCACCGACUCUGAAGGUAAUGUCACCACUGGUGUUACUACUUACCCAGUUGAGCACACUUCAGAUGAAGAGGAACUAACUACUGCUACUUACACUUCCACCGACUCUGAAGGUAAUGUCACCACUGGUGUUACUACUUACCCAGUUCAGCACACUUCCGAUGAAGAGGAAUUGACUACUGCUACUUACACUUCCACCGACUCUGAAGGUAAUGUCACCACUGGUGUUACUACUUACCCAGUUCAUAACACUUCCGAUGAAGAGGAAUUGACUACUGCUACUUACACUUCCACCGACUCUGAAGGUAAUGUCACCACUGGUGUUACUACUUACCCAGUUGAGCACACUUCUGAUGAAGAGGAAUUGACUACUGUUACUUACACUUCCACCGACUCUGAAGGUAAUGUCACCACUGGUGUUACUACUUACCCAGUUGAGCACACUUCUGAUGAAGAGGAAUUGACUACUGUUACUUACACUUCCACCGACUCUGAAGGUAAUGUCACCACUGGUGUUACUACUUACCCAGUUCAUAACACUUCCGAUGAAGAGGAAUUGACUACUGCUACUUACACUUCCACCGACUCUGAAGGUAAUGUCACCACUGGUGUUACUACUUACCCAGUUGAGCACACUUCAGAUGAAGAGGAAUUGACUACUGCUACUUACACUUCCACCGACUCUGAAGGUAAUGUCACCACUGGUGUUACUACUUACCCAGUUGAGCACACUUCAGAUGAAGAGGAAUUAACUACUGCUACUUACACUUCCACCGACUCUGAAGGUAAUGUCACCACUGGUGUUACUACUUACCCAGUUGAGCACACUUCAGAUGAAGAGGAACUAACUACUGCUACUUACACUUCCACCGACUCUGAAGGUAAUGUCACCACUGGUGUUACUACUUACCCAGUUGAGCACACUUCCGAUGAAGAGGAACUAACUACUGCUACUUACACUUCCACCGACUCUGAAGGUAAUGUCACCACUGGUGUUACUACUUACCCAGUUCAGCACACUUCCGAUGAAGAGGAAUUAACUACUGCUACUUACACUUCCACCGACUCUGAAGGUAAUGUCACCACUGGUGUUACUACUUACCCAGUUGAGCACACUUCCGAUGAAGAGGAACUAACUACUGCAACUUACACUUCCACCGACUCUGAAGGUAAUGUCACCACUGGUGUUACUACUUACCCAGUUGAGCACACUUCUGAUGAAGAGGAAUUGACUACUGCUACUUACACUUCCACCGACUCUGAAGGUAAUGUCACCACUGGUGUUACUACUUACCCAGUUGAGCACACUUCUGAUGAAGAGGAAUUGACUACUGCUACUUACACUUCCACCGACUCUGAAGGUAAUGUCACCACUGGUGUUACUACUUACCCAGUUGAGCACACUUCCGAUGAAGAGGAAUUGACUACUGCUACUUACACUUCCACCGACUCUGAAGGUAAUGUCACCACUGGUGUUACUACUUACCCAGUUGAGCACACUUCCGAUGAAGAGGAAUUGACUACUGCUACUUACACUUCCACCGACUCUGAAGGUAAUGUCACCACUGGUGUUACUACUUACCCAGUUGAGCACACUUCCGAUGAAGAGGAAUUGAUUACUGCUACUUACACUUCCACCGACUCUGAAGGUAAUGUCACCACUGGUGUUACUACUUACCCAGUUCAUAACGCUUCCGAUGAAGAGGAAUUGACUACUGCUACUUACACUUCCACCGACUCUGAAGGUAAUGUCACCACUGGUGUUACUACUUACCCAGUUGAGCACACUUCUGAUGAAGAGGAAUUGACUACUGCUACUUACACUUCCACCGACUCUGAAGGUAAUGUCACCACUGGUGUUACUACUUACCCAGUUGAGCACACUUCUGAUGAAGAGGAACUAACUACUGCUACUUACACUUCCACCGACUCUGAAGGUAAUGUCACCACUGGUGUUACUACUUACCCAGUUGAGCACACUUCAGAUGAAGAGGAACUAACUACUGCUACUUACACUUCCACCGACUCUGAAGGUAAUGUCACCACUGGUGUUACUACUUACCCAGUUCAUAACACUUCCGAUGAAGAGGAAUUGACUACUGCUACUUACACUUCCACCGACUCUGAAGGUAAUGUCACCACUGGUGUUACUACUUACCCAGUUGAGCACACUUCUGAUGAAGAGGAAUUAACUACUGCAACUUUCACUUCCACCGACUCUGAAGGUAAUGUCACCACUGGUGUUACUACUUACCCAGUUCAUAACGCUUCCGAUGAAGAGGAAUUGACUACUGCUACUUACACUUCCACCGACUCUGAAGGUAAUGUCACCACUGGUGUUACUACUUACCCAGUUCAGCACACUUCCGAUGAAGAGGAACUAACUACUGCAACUUACACUUCCACCGACUCUGAAGGUAAUGUCACCACUGGUGUUACUAGUUACCCAGUUCAUAACGCUUCUGAUGAAGAGGAAUUGACUACUGCAACUUACACUUCCACCGACUCUGAAGGUAAUGUCACCACUGGUGUUACUACUUACCCAGUUCAUAACACUUCCGAUGAAGAGGAAUUGACUACUGCUACUUACACUUCCACCGACUCUGAAGGUAAUGUCACCACUGGUGUUACUACUUACCCAGUUGAGCACACUUCUGAUGAAGAGGAAUUGACUACUGCAACUUACACUUCCACCGACUCUGAAGGUAAUGUCACCACUGGUGUUACUACUUACCCAGUUCAUAACGCUUCCGAUGAAGAGGAAUUGACUACUGCAACUUACACUUCCACCGACUCUGAAGGUAAUGUCACCACUGGUGUUACUACUUACCCAGUUCAUAACGCUUCCGAUGAAGAGGAAUUGACUACUGCAACUUACACUUCCACCGACUCUGAAGGUAAUGUCACCACUGGUGUUACUACUUACCCAGUUGAGCACACUUCUGAUGAAGAGGAACUAACUACUGCUACUUACACUUCCACCGACUCUGAAGGUAAUGUCACCACUGGUGUUACUACUUACCCAGUUCAGCACACUUCCGAUGAAGAGGAACUAACUACUGCAACUUACACUUCCACCGACUCUGAAGGUAAUGUCACCACUGGUGUUACUAGUUACCCAGUUCAUAACGCUUCUGAUGAAGAGGAAUUGACUACUGCAACUUACACUUCCACCGACUCUGAAGGUAAUGUCACCACUGGUGUUACUACUUACCCAGUUCAUAACACUUCCGAUGAAGAGGAAUUAACUACUGCUACUUACACUUCCACCGACUCUGAAGGUAAUGUCACCACUGGUGUUACUACUUACCCAGUUGAGCACACUUCAGAUGAAGAGGAACUAACUACUGCUACUUACACUUCCACCGACUCUGAAGGUAAUGUCACCACUGGUGUUACUACUUACCCAGUUGAGCACACUUCAGAUGAAGAGGAACUAACUACUGCUACUUACACUUCCACCGACUCUGAAGGUAAUGUCACCACUGGUGUUACUACUUACCCAGUUCAUAACGCUUCCGAUGAAGAGGAAUUGACUACUGCAACUUACACUUCCACCGACUCUGAAGGUAAUGUCACCACUGGUGUUACUACUUACCCAGUUCAUAACGCUUCUGAUGAAGAGGAAUUGACUACUGCAACUUACACUUCCACCGACUCUGAAGGUAAUGUCACCACUGGUGUUACUACUUACCCAGUUCAGCACACUUCCGAUGAAGAGGAAUUGACUACUGCUACUUACACUUCCACCGACUCUGAAGGUAAUGUCACCACUGGUGUUACUACUUACCCAGUUGAGCACACUUCCGAUGAAGAGGAACUAACUACUGCUACUUACACUUCCACCGACUCUGAAGGUAAUGUCACCACUGGUGUUACUACUUACCCAGUUCAGCACACUUCCGAUGAAGAGGAAUUAACUACUGCAACUUACACUUCCACCGACUCUGAAGGUAAUGUCACCACUGGUGUUACUACUUACCCAGUUGAGCACACUUCAGAUGAAGAGGAACUAACUACUGCAACUUACACUUCCACCGACUCUGAAGGUAAUGUCACCACUGGUGUUACUACUUACCCAGUUGAGCACACUUCUGAUGAAGAGGAAUUGACUACUGCUACUUACACUUCCACCGACUCUGAAGGUAAUGUCACCACUGGUGUUACUACUCACCCAGUUUAUUAUACUAGUGAGAUGUUUAGUGUUUCGGAUUUUCAAUCGAGUUUAUCUGAGAGUUUAGUUUCUGUAGACUCCGAUUCCCCAUCUAUUAUUUCUUCGUUUCAUAAUAGUAUUCAAACUGCUGUAUCUUCUAACAUAGGUAUAGUGUCUGAAUUUAGUAGUAUAUCUUCAAACAUACUAACUAGUGGUGUAUUUUCUACCAUACUGUCUUCCAAAUCAACUGGUGGCAGUAUUAUACUUUCAUCAUUUGUUUACUAUAACUCCUCCUUUUCAAAUAAUGAUUUAUCUACAACUUUCACUACGAAUCCAACUUCCACAAUCAUUGAAUCAGUAGGUAGUUUAUCUUCAAUCUGUUCUUCUUUUAUGACAGUAGGUUCCAAAUUGUUCUCUAUAAAUAAUGACUUAACAGAAACAAACAAAGAGGUAAGUUCCAGCAAAUUAAUUAGCACUAAAUCAGUAUCACAAACGAAAUCGGUAGCAAUAACUUCCAGUUACACAGAAAGUAUUAUUACCGCCUCUGCAAGUAAUGGCACCACCGGUAUUACCACCUAUCCUGUUUCUCAAGCAACAGAUCCAGAAGAAUUUACUACAAUUAGUGAAAUUACUAAUGUGAUUCAGGGAAGUGUUGUUGAUACUAAGUCAUUGUUUUCUGGAAGUUUCUUAACCUCUAAAAUAUUGAUUUCCUCCAGUAGUUAUAUUGUUUCCGGAACAAUUUCUAAUUCUUAUGCAACUUCUUCAGCCGCAGUUUCAUCUCGUUACCACUCAUUUGGCUCCGAAUCUUCUCAUAUGGUUUCGAAUAUAAUUGAUUCUAAUUCUUUUAGCAGUUCUUCAUUUACCGGUAAUCCAAUAUACUCCAAUUCAGGUGCUUCAUUGCAUAAUUCAUUUUUAACCGAAACCAACGGUAUUAGUUCAAACCAUCAAACUAUUCCGACUAGUAGUCAUUUCUUUAAGACAUCCUUAUUCUCGAUUUCAUCAGAAUCUCACAACCAAGGUAAUUCUGUUGUAGUUACAGGACCAGCUACAACAAUAGAUGUUACGUCACAUUCUUAUUUUAGCAAGACAAAUACUUCUACUACAGACGUGCAUAAUAGUGAUAGUACCAAGACAUCUAUUCAACUAGGUGAUAGUUCAGAUGGGGAAAAUUGGGAAAGUUCAAAAUCCUCUUGUAUGGAAGUCAAAUCGACUAGUUCAACAAGUAAUUACAAUGAGAUCGGCUCUGAUAGUCCAUUAUCCCAUGAUAAAUUUUCAUCUACAGAGGGCAUGAUUUCUACUACUUUAGAUAUUAAUUCUGAAUUUAGUACUUCAGCUGCCACACCUUCAAGUUUGACGAGCAUCGAGAUAUCUUCAACAAUAUUAUCCACUAAGAAAGAGACAAGUUAUAUAUCACAGGGUGUUUCAGGUAUGCCUGAACCAUCAUCUACUGAAAUAGUUUCAAACAUGCCUGAACAAUCAUCUACUGAAAUAGUUUCAGACUUUGAAGGGAAAGCAAUAAUGAAUAAAGUCAAUAUUUCAUAUUUCCGCCUUGUUUUCAUUGUUAUGGUUGGUAUAUUGACAUAA